GUUAGAGUUCAGGUUCCCCCAGCCCGCCAGGCAACCUGCCUCAAACCGAAGUCCUCGCCGACGUAUUGAUAUUCCGGCACCAUAGACUUUCAUGAGGUCUUGGAUUUUGUGCUCCUCGUUCUGAAGGGGACAACACUCCGCUUUUGUGGUAUACACCUCGAUAAAGACCAAAAUGGGAUCCACUUCGUCUCCAGGAUAUGAUUCCAGUGCAACUCGUGUGCCUAUCAUUAUUGGAGUUUGUGUACCUAUGGUUGUUCUGGCCAUUCUAGCAACCGCUCUUCGCAUCUGGGCACGGGUCAUGACAAACGUCAAAUUGUGGUGGGAUGAUUGGUUAUGCAUCGUGGGACUCCCAUUUGCAAUCCUGCCUUCCAUCUUCGACUUCGUUCAAAUCAAUAAUGGCUUCGGACGACCAAUGGCAACAGUGCCAGCUGAUAAACUGGUUACAUACAGUCUGUUCCUGUACAUUCUGAUGUUGUUCUAUAACCUGGGACUAGCAUUCUUCAAGCUCUCGUGCCUGGCACUGUAUAUUCGGAUGUUUGGAAUUCAUCGUUGGAUCCGCUACAUGAGUUAUGUCAUCGGUGUGAUGGUCAUUGCCUGGGUCUUGGCCAAUGAAUUGGUCCUGGCUUUCCGAUGCCAUCCAAUUGAUCUGGCCUGGAAGGGAACUGCAGAACAGCAGGCAAAAUUCUGCGUCACGCAGACGAACAUAUUCAUCGCGCAGUCCGGUCCGACAAUAUUCUUCGAUCUACUUAUUCUCAUCAUGCCCAUUCGAGUCGUCUGGGGUCUGCAUUUGCAAUCGGCACAAAAGCUUGGUGCCAUCCUUGUUUUUUCUUUGGGAUUGCUCGUUACCGUCAUUAGUAUGAUCCGCCUCGCAGAUACACUUCACUCGACAGACACAGACUUGACCUACGGAUACGUCGAAUUAGGCAUGUGGUCUGCGGUCGAGCCCGUGACUGGCUUGAUUUGCUGUUCCCUUAUGACUUAUGGCCCAUUUAUCAAGAAACUUCGCCAAGCUGGCAAAGGAUACAUUCGAGGCAAAUCCAGCCACCAUAGACAGUCGCACUCUUCAAAUUCUUUUGCCACUCAAAAUAAACUCACAGGUCAUCGAUCCGCGGAGUAUGAUCAGUCUGACCUCGAAUUGACCUUUUGCUCAUUCACCAAUGAGGCCCCCGUCGUGGGUAAGGCCGAUACCUUUGGAAAAAUACAUGACGGUGCGAUAAACAUCACCCACGAGUUCCAAGUUCGACGAGACUAAGCUGUUCGCUUGGAAAGCCCCCAAGCGCUGGAGGACGGCAUAUCUCCAGAUACUCAAUUUAAUU